CGCUGACUUCCUGUUAGAGGCGGGGGGUGGGGGGCUGGCCGCUCGGUGUGCGAUUGUCUGGGGCGGUCUGGGGCGGCCCCGGAGCGGCUGACCCUCUGCCCGCGAGGACGGGAGUCGCCAGGCGGCCGUCAUGGCGAUGUCGGAGAGCCAGCUCAAGAAGAUGGUGUCUAAGUACAAAUACAGAGACCUAACUGUACGUGAAACUGUCAAUGUUAUUACCCUAUACAAAGAUCUCAAACCUGUAUUGGAUUCAUAUGUUUUUAAUGAUGGCAGUUCUAGGGAACUAAUGAACCUCACUGGAACAAUUCCUGUGCCUUACAGAGGUAAUACAUAUAAUAUUCCAAUAUGCCUAUGGCUGCUGGACACGUACCCAUAUAACCCUCCUAUUUGUUUUGUUAAGCCUACUAGUUCAAUGACUAUUAAAACAGGAAAGCAUGUUGAUGCAAAUGGGAAAAUUUAUCUCCCUUACCUGCAUGAAUGGAAACACCCUCAGUCAGACUUGCUGGGGCUCAUUCAGGUCAUGAUCGUGGUGUUUGGAGAUGAGCCUCCCGUCUUCUCGCGUCCUACUGUCCCAGCGUCCUACCCACCGUACCAGGCAACAGGGCCGCCAAAUACCUCCUACAUGCCAAGCAUGCCCGGUGGAAUCUCUGCAUACCCAUCCGGAUACCCUCCCAAUCCCAGUGGUUACCCAGGGUGUCCGUACCCACCUGGUGGUCCGUACCCUGCCACAACAAGCUCCCAGUACCCUUCCCAGCCUCCUGUGACCACUGUUGGUCCCAGCAGAGAUGGCACCAUCAGCGAGGACACCAUCCGGGCCUCUCUCAUCUCGGCAGUCAGUGACAAACUGAGAUGGCGAAUGAAGGAAGAAAUGGAUCGUGCCCAGGCGGAGCUUAAUGCCUUAAAACGAACAGAGGAAGACCUGAAGAAGGGACACCAGAAACUGGAAGAGAUGGUCACCCGCCUAGAUCAAGAAGUAGCGGAAGUUGAUAAAAACAUAGAACUUUUGAAAAAGAAGGAUGAAGAACUCAGUUCUGCUCUGGAGAAAAUGGAAAAUCAGUCUGAAAACAAUGAUAUCGAUGAAGUUAUCAUUCCUACAGCCCCACUGUAUAAACAGAUCCUCAAUCUCUAUGCAGAGGAAAAUGCUAUUGAAGACACUAUCUUUUACCUGGGAGAAGCCUUGAGGCGGGGCGUCAUAGACUUGGAUGUCUUCCUGAAGCAUGUGCGUCUUCUGUCCCGUAAGCAGUUCCAGCUGAGGGCGCUAAUGCAGAAAGCGAGAAAGACUGCCGGUCUUAGUGACCUCUACUGACUUCUCCGCGACCAGCUGGAGACUGACCUCUUCCAGAGCAUUCUUUCCUUCUCUUCCUUUCUCUUAUCAGUAGGUGCCCAGAAUAAGUUAUUGCAGUUUAUCAUUCAAGUGUAAAAUAUUUUGAAUCAAUAAUAUAUUUUCUGUUUUCUUUGGGGAAAGACUGGCUUUUAUUAAUGCACUUUCUAUCCUCUGUAAACUUUUUGUGCUGAAUGUUGGGACUGACUGUGCUAAAUAAAAUUUGUUGCAUAA